AUGCAUUUCUCCAAGCUCCUCCUCGCUGCUCUCGCGACUCCUAUUCUCGCCCAUCCCGGGGAGAAACAUGACCCGCACGUUCUAAAGCGGGAGAUCCACGCCCGUGAUGCCUUUGCGCACAUGGGCAAGCGGGCUCUCGACAGCUGCUCGACUUCGCUUGGGGCCCGCCACCUGAACAAGAAAAAUGUUCAGCGUCGUGCGGAGCGCGUCAAUGCUUUGCGUGAAAAGCGCGGGAUUUCUACCAAAUCUCAACACUCCCGUCGCACCCUCGCGGAACUCCAAAAAUGGGAAACUGUCGAACACAACAAGACCAAUGUGGUGGGCUACACCCCAUACAUGCCUGAGGAUAUCAUCUUCGGCGCAAACACCAGCUGUAUCUUAACCCCGACCAUCACGGAUGGACCGUACUAUGCCUGGGGCGAGACGAUUCGCCAGAAUGUCAAGGAGGAGAAAUACUCCGAUGGUGUUGAUCUGUACCUUGAGGUGCAGUACAUCGACAUCAACAGCUGCCGUCCUGUUGAGGGCGCGUUUGUUGAUAUCUGGCAAGCCAAUGCUACUGGUGUCUACAGUGGAAUCUCCGUCUCAGGAAACUACGCCGAGGACGGCUACAACUCAACCUACCUCCGUGGCAUCCAACGCACCAACCACGACGGCCUCGUCAACUUCGACACCAUCUUCCCGGGCCACUACUCCGGCCGUGCCAUCCACACCCACCUCCUCACCCACCUCAACGCCACGCUCCUCCCCAACAACACCCUCCAAGCAGGCACCGGCAGCGUCGCCCAAAUCGGUCAACUCUUCUGGCCCGAAGACCUCCGCUCCGCCGUCGAAGCCACAUACCCCUAUAACACGAACACGCAGGACAUCGUCUCCAACGACGACGACAUGUGGAGUAUCGAGCAGGCUAGUGCCGCUUACGAUCCGUUCCCGGAGUAUGUGUAUCUGGGCGAGAAGAUUGAGGAUGGGUUGUUUGCGUGGAUCCAGAUUGGUGUUAAUGCGACGGCGGAUUAUACGGAUAAUGACUAUUAUAGCAUUGCGGCUUAUCGGGGGAAGAAUGGCGGGUAUGCGAAUGCUGAUAGUAAGGCUAUGGGGGGUGGUGGUGGUGGUGGUGAUGACGGUGGUGCUGGUGGUGCUCCUAGUGGAAGCAUGUCUGCUAGUGGUAUGCCCAGCAGCACUGGCGCAUAG